AUGUCUAUUAAGCCUAAACGAAUACCUCGAGUAUUAUCUAUUCAAAGUCAUGUUGUUCAUGGAUUUGUUGGUAAUAAAUGUGCUACUUUUAUUCUACAGCUUUAUGGUUUCGAAGUUGAUGUAAUUAAUUCUGUUCAUUUUUCAAAUCAUACUGGAUAUGAUGUUGUAAAAGGUAGUCGAUUAAGUGUCGAUGAACUUCGAGCUAUAUUUCAAGGUUUAAUAGCAAAUGAAAUUUUCGAAUAUGAUUAUAUUUUAACGGGUUAUAUGGGUUCUGGUGAACUAUUAAAUGUUGUUGCUGAAUAUGUACGUAUUAUUAAAUCAAAAUCUCCUCAUGUAAAAUACCUUUGUGAUCCAGUAAUAGGUGACAAUGGUGAACUUUAUGUCGAUCAAUCAUGUAUUGAAAUGUAUAAGAAUGUAAUACUUCCUCUAGCAGAUAUUGUUACACCAAAUGAUUUUGAAAUGGAACUAUUAAUUGGAAAACAGAUUAAAUGUAAUCAUGAUGAUAAUAAAGAACAAUUAAUUUGGCAAUCAUUACAAUCUUUACAUAAUAUGGGUCCAACUCGUGUUAUUAUUUCAAGUAUAUCAGCAGUAAAAUUAGGUGGUAAAGAAACUAUGUUACAAAUGUAUGCUAGUUCAAAAAAUUCCGAUAAUCAAUAUGAAAUAUUUCGAAUUGAUUUUCCAUAUCUCGAAGGUUGUUUUACUGGUACAGGAGAUUUAUUUUCGGCUUUAAUUCUUGCAUGGUUUCACAGAGAGAAUAAUCUUAUUUCAGCUUGUGAAAAAUCAAUUUCUAUUCUUCAUCAAGUUUUAUUAAAAACACUCGAAACAUCUGAAUCAAUUAAUAUUCAUAAUACUUGUGGUAAUGAAUUAAAUUUAAUUGAAAGUAAGACAGUCAUUGAAACGGCUGAAAUAUUAUUUCAUGCAACUAUUAUCGAUAAGAACAUUAAUUAA